AUGCAAAGAUUAACCUGAGCUCCUGAUCGCCGAGGACCAAUCCUUAUGGAUCUGAUUGACUACACUACGUUCAAGUCAGAAAUCGCUUGGAAACAAGCUGAAAUGGAAAAGCUUGGAAAAGAAGUAUCGAAGUACGAUAAAGUUCGUGGCCGAUACUCGGAAUUAAAGGACAAACUGGAACGUGCUUCUGCUCGUUUGGAAGCCUUAAAAGAAUCAUUUAAGGACGGUCCUUUGCAGCAACUGAGCGAAGAGAUUAAAGUACUCGAAAAGGAUCUUCCGGAAUGUGAUGCACUUUUGCGAGAAAUGACGAAGCAAGCGAAAGAGUUGAACGAU